CUCGUUUAAAACUUCCAUCCAACCUCUUUCUUUUCCUUCAUUCUUCAACUUCUCUUCCCAUCUUCUCUUCCAUCUGCAUUUAUUCUCCGUCCUCCUUCCUUCCCUCCUCACCUUCUCUCCUCCACUUUACACGUUAUUCCAACCCCACAAUUCAAUAAGAAAACAGAGGAAAUUACACCAAAACAAGAAAUACGUCAUCAUGGGUAAAGGCGGCCGCGUGCUCUGUAUCAUCACCCCAUAUGCCUUGACCAUCGCGUCCCUGAUCUGUUUGAUCAUGGUCGGGCUGGGCUGCACAAAUUCCAAUUCGGGCUCUCUCAACAACCUCUAUUUCUUCCGAGCCAACCUGCAAAAUGUCACCGAAUCCUCCGAAGUUCAAUCCGGGGUCGAUCAAGCCCUCGACAAACUGGGAAAGGCCAACAUCCACGUCGACGAUGGCGACAUCAAGACUGCUCUCGAGCAGGUCCAGAAGCAACUUGGCGUGACCGUCGCCGACUUCUACGACAUCGGUCUCUGGGGCUACUGCCAAGGCAACGUCACCAAGGACAACAAGUACGACACCUCCGAGUGCUCUAAGCCCAAGACCGAGUUCUGGUUCAACCCCAUGGAGGUCUGGAACCUCGAGCAGACGGGCCUGCAGAACGCCCUCCCCGACGGCAUGGACAAGGCCCUCGACGUCUACAAGAAGGUCUCCAAGUGGAUGUCCGUCGCCUACAUCAUCGCCUUCGUCGCGACCGUCAUCGAGCUCCUCGUCGGCGCCUUCGCCAUCUGCUCCCGCUGGGGCAGCUGCGUGACUACCCUCAUCUCCGUCGUCGCCUUCCUCUUCACCGCCGCCGCCUCAGCGACCUCUACCGCCCUCUUCGUCGUCAUCCUCGGCCUCUUCAACGAGAAGCUCAAGCCCCUUGGCAUCGUCGGUUCCAUCGGCAAGAACAUCUACGCUGCCUCCUGGCUCGCCGUCGCCUUCUCCCUCGCUGCCGCCCUCUUCUGGCUCCUCUCUACCUGCUGCUGCUCCGGUCGCUCCCCUUACAACCACAAGAACCGGGCCGGUCCUCGCCCCGUUACGGCCGAGAAGACCCCCUACACCUACGAGCCCCUGGGCCCUUACGACAACAACCAGGCCAACACUUCGUACCCCCCUCUGCCUCCCCAGAGCCGGGCCAACAACGCCUACGAGCCGUUCCGCCACGCCUAAGCUCUACUUUUUGAAAGAGAGCGUACUGGAAUAAAAUAAAAGAAAACAACAAAACAACAAAAAAGAAAUACGCGACCGAUCGCGGAGAUCCCAUCUUGUAUUAUGAAACAUAAUGCCACCCGCCUCAUGAUUGUGAUUGCUUGAUCUGAGCGUUUAUCCUCCAUCUCAUCUUCCUGCCAUCGUCAUCGUCAUCACUUGCAUGUUACCGGUCGGGCAGGCUAUAUUGGGUUUUGAUAUUUUUGUUUAGUAUUUUCGCUCGGGCUACUGGUUACUGGUUUACUUGUUUUGUCAUUGUUAUCGAUAGAUAUGGCUGCGGCUUAGAUACCCUCCUUUUUAUUUAUUAUUGUUGUUAGAUGUGAAAUCUAUCUACUAUUCUCAUGGUUA